UCGUGGUUCAGUUGUGCUCAAGGACGGAUCGGUAAGGUGAAGCUUUUCGACUCUGAUGACUGGACUGUCAAAGCCUUUGCUGGGUCUGGGAUCGAGGUUAUGCUUGGGAUUCCUAAUAAUGAACUCAAAAGAUUAAGCGAUAGCUAUGACGAUGCUCAGGAUUGGGUUAAAGAGAAUGUCACCGCACAUACACGCGAUGGUGGUGUCGAUAUCAAGUAUGUGGCAGUUGGCAAUGAACCAUUCUUGACGAGCUACAAUGGUACAAACACACACACUCUUCUCCCAGCAAUGAAAAACAUCCAGAAAGCUCUUGACGAGGCUGGCCAUGGGGACAAAAUCAAAGUAACCACCCCCCAGAAUGCUGACGUGUACGACUCGGGGAAGGGAGGUCCAUCGGAGGGAAAUUUCCGAAAAGACGUAAGGAAUAUCAUGAUCGAUUUGGUACGGUGGUUGGACUCCGUAAACUCCGCAUUUCUGGUGAACAUAUACCCGUUCCUUAGCCUCUACGAAAACGCGGGUUUCCCUAUCGACUUUGCCUUCUUUGAUGGCGGUGCCAAACCGGUUAAGGACAAAGAUCACAGCUACGACAACAUGUUUGAUGCAAACCUUGACACACUUGUUUGGUCACUGAAAAAGGCCGGGGUGCCAGACUUGAAGAUAAUAGUCGGGGAGGCUGGUUGGCCAACCGAUGGCAACAUCAAUGCUAACAAUAAACUUGCUCGGAGGUUCUACAAUGGCUUCCUCAAGAAAUUGGCAACAGACAAGGGAACCCCUCUUCGUCCCGGACACAUGGAAGUCUAUCUUUUCAGCUUACUCGAUGAGAACAUGAAGAGCAUUGCUCCGGGAGCUUUCGAGCGCCACUGGGGGAUUUUCAGGUAUGAUGGGAAGCCCAAGUUCCCGGUAGACUUCAGUGGGAAAGGGGAUGAUGACAAGUUUCCGGUGGCAGCCAAGGGUGUGAAGUACGUAACAUCAUUUUAUUGUGUAUUCAACAAGGAUGUGAAGAAUAUGAGCUUGGUGCCACCAAACAUGUCGUAUGCAUGCGCCUUGUCAGAUUGCACGGCCUUGGGAGAUGGAUCAUCUUGCAGUAAGUUGGAUAACAUAACCACCAUUUCCUAUGCUUUCAAUAUGUAUUUUCAAAUGAAUGGUCAGGAUGUGGAGGCUUGUGUGUUCAAUGGAUUGGCCACCAUUACUAGCACUAACUUGUCUACUGAUUCUUGCCUCUUCCCACUUGCAUUACAAAGUGCUGGGACCAGACUCAACAUUCUGUCUUCCAUCACUGCUACUACUACUAGUGUUGCUGCAUUUUUGUUCACCUUGUUCGCCUUGUUUUAGGAGGAGAAGAACACCCUCAGAUGAAGAAGGAAUUAAUACUCUUAUUUGUUUUUACUAAAAUGAUGUAACAAUAUUAUUUUUGUAAUUAACACUUUUAUAUCUUCUUCAUAAGUGCUAUUUGGUUCUACAUUGAGACACAUCAAUCAUUCAAAUUCUGUACGAAUUUUUUUAUUUUUUUAUUUCAUUUAUAUCAUUAACCUUAUGGA